UUGACAGCAGAGCCGCGACGCCGGAGAGGAAAGUGGACUGUAGUCUCAAGGAGGACUAGACUCCAAACUAGACUCUAGUCUGAAGGAGGACUAGACUCCAAAGUAGACCCUAGUCUGAAGGAGGACUAGCGGGAAGGAACAGGAAGUGGUGAAGAAGUUAGAAAUAGAAGAAGAAGAAGUCAAUAAAGAAGACACGAAGAAGAAGAAGAAGUGGACAACAGGAAGUCAAGAAGAAGAAGAAGUGGACAACAGGAAGUAAAUAAGAAAAGGUACUGAAAAAGAGGAAUUAAAACAAGAAAAAGAAGAAGUAAACAAGAAGAAGUAGACAAGAAGAAGUAAACAAGAAGAAUAAACAAGAAGUAGUAUAGAAAAAGAAGAAGUGAAAAGGGGACAAUAAAAGUGUGCAAGGUAGGAAGUGAAGCAGCUUUAGACUAUUGUCAUUUAGUCAAUCAGUGUGUUAAUGCCACACCCUCCUGUGAGAUUAUACUUUCGAUUUUGCUUUCUUUGGAUGAGAUCUUUUAAUAACUUCCUGUCUCUAUCAGAUUGUGUUGACAUCUAACAAAACUGCCGUUUGUCCACUCCAACAUUGGUGUGUCUUCUCUUCUCUGUGGAUGCAGACCGCGUGGCAGGAAACACCGUCUCUGCCACUUCCUGCCCCUUUCCAACAGAUGCUGUGAUGUCAUCGUCUGACCUAGAACAGCACGUCUGCAAGCCUGUGAUCCAGAAUCCCGCAGACCCCCAUGAAACCCACCACCUUCCACCAGAGUCCCAUGAGAUGCAACAGAAUCCCACGGAGACCCACGAGAGUGUCCCAGAGGCCCAUGAAACCGACCAUAGUCCGUCUGCCCACCUCCUAAGUCCUACCAAGACCGACGAAACCAAGCCGAGACCAGUAAAGACCCACCCGAGUGCCACAGAAACCCAUAAAACUGACCACAAUCCACCAGAGACCCUUGAGAUGCAACAUAAUCUCCACCAGAUUCCCUUACAGACCGAUGAUACCUACCAUAGUCCGUCAGCCCACCUCCUAAGUCCUACCAAGACCGAUGAGACCAAUCCAAGUCCCGUAAAGAACCACCGGAUGCCCACAGAGAUCCACUUGGAGACCCAUCUGAUUUCCUCAAAGACCCAUGAAACCUACCAUAGUCCGUCAGCCCACCUCCUAAGUCCUACCAAGACCGACGAGACCAAGCCGAGUCCCGUAAAGACCCACCCGAGUGCCACAGAAAUGUCUGAGACCCACAACAAUCCACCAGAAACACUUGAGAUGCACCACAAUCCCAUGGAGACCCACCACAGUCUUUCAGUGAGUCCUGCCAAGACCUAUGAGAGUGACCCCAGUAGCAGCCCUGGAGAAGAAGCCUUAAUCAAAUCCAACCAUUCUCAAACAGAAAAGGAGGAACACAAAGCAGAAGAAGAUUGUGCGUCAACAAAUAAAUCAUGUUUAGUUGCAGAAUAUUUUCAUCACGGAGAAAUGGAAGGUGCCACUCAGGUCUUUCCAGCACUACCAGAGUCCCAUGAGAUGCAACAGAAUCCCAUGGAGACCCACAAGAGUGUCCCAGAGGCCUAUGAAACCGACCACAGUCCGUCUGCCCACCUCCUAAGUCCUACCAAGACCGACGAGACCAAGCCGAGUCCAGUAAAAACCCACCCGAGUGCCACAGAAACCCAUAAAACUGACCACAAUCCACCAGAGACCCCUGAGAUGCAACAUAAUCUCCACCAGAUUCCCUUACAGGCCCAUGAUACCUACCAUAGUCCGUCAGCCCACCUCCUAAAUCCUACCAAGACCGAUGAGACCAAUCCAAGUCCCGUAAAGAACCACCGGAUGCCCACAGAGAUCCACUUGGAGACCCAUCUGAUUUCCUCAAAGACCCAUGAAACCUACCAUAGUCCGUCAGCCCACCUCCUAAGUCCUACUAAGACCAAGCCGAGUCCCGUAAAGACCCACCCGAGUGCCACAGAAAUGUCUGAGACCCACAACAAUCCACCAGAAACACUUGAGAUGCACCACAAUCCCAUGGAGACCCACCCCAGUCUUUCAGUGAGUCCUGCCAAGACCUAUGAGAGUGACCCCAGUAGGAGCCCUGGAGAAGAAGCCCUAAUCAAAUCCAACCAUUCUCAAACAGAAAAGGAGGAACACAAAGAAGAAGAAGAUUGUGCGUCAACAAAUAAAUCAUGUUUAGUUGCAGAAUGUUUUCAUCACGGAGAAAUGGAAGGUGCCACUCAGGUCUUUCCAGCACUACCAGAGUCCCAUGAGAUGCAACAGAAUCCCACGGAGACCCACGAGAGUGUCCCAGAGGCCCAUGAAACCGACCAUAGUCCGUCUGCCCACCUCCUAAGUCUUACCAAGACCGACGAAACCAAGCCGAGUCCAGUAAAGACCCACCCGAGUGCCACAGAAACCCAUAAAACUGACCACAAUCCACCAGAGACCCUUGAGAUGCAACAUAAUCUCCACCAGAUUCCCUUACAGACCCAUGAUACCUACCAUAGUCCGUCAGCCCACCUCCUAAGUCCUACCAAGACCGAUGAGACCAAUCCAAGUCCCGUAAAGAACCACCGGAUGCCCACAGAGAUCCACUUGGAGACCCAUCUGAUUUCCUCAAAGACCCAUGAAACCUACCAUAGUCCGUCAGCCCACCUCCUAAGUCCUACUAAGACCAAGCCGAGUCCCGUAAAGACCCACCCGAGUGCCACAGAAAUGUCUGAGACCCACAACAAUCCACCAGAAACACUUGAGAUGCACCACAAUCCCAUGGAGACCCACCACAGUCUUUCAGUGAGUCCUGCCAAGACCUAUGAGAGUGACCCCAGUAGCAGCCCUGGAGAAGAAGCCCUAAUCAAAUCCAACCAUUCUCAAACAGAAAAGGAGGAACACAAAGCAGAAGAAGAUUGUGCGUCAACAAAUAAAUCAUGUUUAGUUGCAGAAUAUUUUCAUCACGGAGAAAUGGAAGGUGCCACUCAGGUCUUCCCAGCAGUGCCGACAAAGUCUGCUGAAGUUGAGAAAAAGCCCAGCAGUCCACCUGUGACACAUCCCGUCAUGACUCGUGUUCAGUCUGAUUCCCAGCAGCCGCCCGCCCACUUCUCAGCUUCUUCUUCAGGUGAGCCAAAACUUUGUGGCUAUUUGCAGAAGCAGGGCGGGCCUCUGCGCGGAUGGAAGCGGCGCUGGUUCACCUGCGAGGAGAAGAGGAACCAGCUCUUCUACUACCGCACGCCACAGGACCUCAGGCCUCUCGGCCGAGUGGACCUCGGCGCCGCCACCUUCACCUACCCCUUGAAGGCGGAGGCGGGCACCUUCCACAUCAAGACGCCCGAGCGCACCUUCAUCCUGAAGGCGGUGACGCAGGAAGUGAUGCAUUAUUGGUUGCAGCAGCUGCAGGUCAGACGCUGGCAGCACCGACAAGUCACCUCCUGCUGUGACUCCACUAACAACAUGGCAGAUUGUGCAGAUCACUUCCUGCCCUUGCUGAAGACCCCCGUGGGCCUGGUGGGUGAGGAGGCCGCCAGCGUGGCCCCUCAAAGGACACCGCUCGCCAACAUGUCCAUCAAGCAUCUUUUCGACGAGAUCCAGAACUCUGCGCACAGUCUACGUAAGAGGUCUUCUCAGGAGUGGACUCACAGUGUCUUUUACGUCCAAGACCCAGCCCCGGACCAAGUGGACUCUGCCGCUAACGUGGGACAGACAGUGCAGGACAGAAGAAGACACCCUCUACUGGACAGGAAGAAGAAUUGUGAGACGGUCCAGAUGUCCUCAGAUCAGAUGUCCCGCCUCCAGCAAGACAACGAAAUUCUGAUGGAGGAGUUGAAAGCCCAGAAGGAGCUGGUGUGGCUUCUCCACAAAGCGUUGGAGGCGGCUCAGCUGGAAAAAGGAACGUGUGCUGACUUUGUGGCGGCCGAGGGUGAGCAAGAGCGAUUGGAGCACCGCCGCCGCCAAACGGCCGACCUGCUGAGCCGCCUGGAAGAAGCCAAGAUGGACGAGGCGACCAGGCGGAGCCUAGCUGAGCGAGACCUGCAGGUGUCCCAGCUGCAGGAGCAAAUGAACAUGCUGAUUGAGAAGGACAACGCCAAACAGGAGGUGAUCCUCAAGCUCUCCAAUCAAGUAGCCGCAUGCACGUGCAACCCGCUACGCUCCGCAGACUCCAUCAGACAGCUGCAGCAACACGUGGAGAACCUGAAGGAUGACAUCGAGGCCUACAAGACUCAGAACAAGUUUCUAAACUCCGAGAUAUACCAGCUGACCAAAUUGUGGCGGAAGAGCUCAGGGCAGGAGCGAAGUCUGCUGGUGAAGUGUGCCCACCUGGAGGCACGUGGCUGCCAGGCUGAGAGUCGCUACCUGGGAGGCCUGCAGAAGCUACAGGAGGACAGAAGUCUGGAUCCGGACCAGCGGCAGAUCAUCCAAAAGAUGAUUGAGGACGCUCUGAAGGAGGAGACGAAGAAUGUCCCACCCAACACAAACAGCAACCACGACAAAUACGGCUUCAAAAUCAUUCCCGACUAUGAAGUGGAAGACGUGAGACUUCUGGCUAAGAUCCAGGCGCUGGAGAUGCGCUCACAGAACCUGAUGCACGAGGAAAGUCGAGAGCGCCCCCUGCUGAGUCGCUGGGCCCAGUAUCUUGGCGGCAGGUUGGAUGACGACCUGCGACCGUCACCGGAGCUCAAGGGUCUGCUACGUGCUGGUGUUCCUUUUGAGUACCGCCAGCGUAUUUGGCGCAGGGUGGUCCGGGCCAGAACCAAGAGCAUCAGAGAGCGUCACCCAUGUCGGUACCAAGAGUUCUGUGACAAGAGUCGCGCUUGUCCUCAUCCAGUCUCUAGACAGAUCCAAAUGGACCUUCAUCGGACUCUGACCAACAACCAGAAUUUCUCUUCGCCAUCAAGCCCCGCCCACCAGCAGCUGCAGCGCAUCCUGUUAGCUUUCUCCUGGCAGAACCCAAGCAUUGGCUACUGCCAGGGACUCAACAGGUUGGCGGCCAUCGCUCUGCUCGUCCUCCAGAAUGAAGAAGACGCCUUCUGGUGUCUGGUGUCUGUGGUGGACACCAUCAUGCCUCAGGACUACUACACCAAGAACCUGGUGGCCUCGCAGGCGGACCAGCACGUGUUUAAAGACAUCCUGCUGGAGAAACUUCCUCGGCUGGCGGCGCACUUUAAGCUUCACGGAAUCGACGUGUCUCUCGUUACCUUCAACUGGUUCCUGGUGGUUUUCGUGGAGAGUCUUCCCAGUGACAUCCUGCUGCCUCUGUGGGAUGCCUUCUUGUAUGAGGGCACCAAGGUGAUCUUCAGGUACGCUCUUGCUCUCUUCAAGUACAAAGAGGAUGACAUCCUGAAGAUUGACGACAGCACGGACAUCUACCAAUACCUCCGCUUCUUCACCACGACUGUCUCUGACGGCAGGAAGUUGAUGGCCAUCGCCUUCGGAGACAUGAACCCCUUCCCCGGCCGCCUGCUGAGGAACCGGCGAGCGUCCCACUUGGAGCGUCUGCUGGCAGAGCUGCAGGAGCUGGAGGAGCAGCAGAGGAGCUUCCAGGCGCUCAGCACCAAGCGGAAAGACCAAGAACUGGACAACACGGCCAGCGAGGACGAUGAGGAGCUAAGUUAAGUCUCAGCUGGGUUCUAAGUGCUGAUCUUCUACACUUCUCAGUACACUUCACCUCCACCUUCCUAAGUGUUUCACUACACUUCACCUCCACCUUCCUAAGUGUUUCACUACACUUCACCUCCACCUUCCUAAGUGUUUCACUACACUUCACCUCCACCUUCCUAAGUGUUUCACUCCACUUCACCUCCACCUUCCUAAGUGUUUGAAGAGUGCACAACAUGGUGGACGUCUUGUUUCAACCAACUUAAACUUUCAUUUGACAGUAAAAACUUCUUUUACCAUGAAUUGAUUAACGUGGACCCCGACUUAAACAAGUUGUAAAACUAAUUGGGGUGUUACCAUUUAGUGGUCAAUUGUACUGUACUGUGCAAUCUACUAAUAAA